UUUUUUUAAAUUUUGACAGAAUGUCUAGCAAGGAAGUGAAGACUGCUCUCAAAAGUGCUAGAGAUGCCAUCAGAAAUAAAGAAUACAAAGAAGCACUGAAACAUUGCAAGACAGUGUUAAAGCAAGAGAAAAAUAACUACAAUGCCUGGGUUUUUAUCGGUGUUGCUGCAGCUGAGCUAGAACAACCUGAUCAGGCCCAGGGUGCCUAUAAGAAAGCCGCUGAGCUAGAACCAGACCAACUACUGGCGUGGCAGGGGUUAGCAAGUUUGUAUGAGAAAUGUAAUCACAUUAAUGCCAAGGACGACUUACCUGGUGUUUACCAAAAGCUCUUGGAUCUUUAUGAAAGUGUUGACAAGCAGAAAUGGUGUGAUGUCUGUAAAAAACUUGUGGAUCUGUAUUCCCAAGAAAGGAAGCACGUAGAGGUGGGCCGCACAUGGCACAAAUUGAUAAAGACCCGACAGGAAGAAGGUGCAGACAACCAAGAGCUUCAUCAGCUAUGGAGGAAACUGACUCAGUUGCUGGCAGACAGCCCCGAGGACCAGAAUAACGAGACCCAGCAACUGCUUUUAUCUGCUUUUGAGAAUGCACUGGUCUUAUCAGAUAAGAUUCCUAGUGAAGAUCACCAAGUACUGUAUACACAUUUCAUUCAGUGUUUAUCCAAAUUUCCAAAUGAGACUGCUCGGUUGACGAAGGCUUGUGAAGAAAUGAUAAGCAUCUAUCCUACUGUUCAAUAUCCAUUAGAAGUGCUUUGUCUGCAUUUAAUAGAUUCAGGAAAUCUUACAGAUGAGGGACAUCAGUAUUGUUGCAGACUGGUGGAAAUGGAUUCAAAAAGUGGUCCAGGUCUGAUUGGUCUAGGCAUUAAAGCAUUUCAAGAUAAAAGGUAUGAAGAUGCUGUUAGGAACUUAGCAGAAGGGUUAAAGGAAUGUUCGCUCUGCACAACUGGAUGGUAUCACCAGGCAAAAGCCCUCGUCAAACUGCACAGACCUAAGGAAGCUGUUCUUUCAUGCACUCAAGCUCUAAAGAACAUUGAUAGUCUCGGUGUGUCUGGUGAUCAGAAGAUCAGAGAUCAGAAGAAUCUUUGUCUGCAUGUGAAAGCCGAGGCUUUGAUUAAACUCUCCGACUUGGAAUCUUCGGAGGAAGCAAUCCGUACUCUUGAUCAGGUGUCUGACGCAAAUAAUAUUCCAGGACUUUUGGUUCUUAAGAGCUUGGCUUACUUGAACAUAGGCUCAUUAGAUGAAGCUACAAAGAUUAUGGAAGAUCUUCUCUCUUCUUACCCUGACCUAGCUGAAGUUUGUGCCCUAGAAGGUUUUUUUCAUUUUACAAGUAAGGAUUAUCUACAAGCAGAAACAUGUUUUCAGAGAGCCCUUGAGAAAAAUGCUGAAGUUGCAGAAUAUCAUUACCAACUUGGAUUAACAUAUUGGUCCAUGGGUGAAGAAACAAGAAAGGAUAAAACAAAGGCUCUUACCCACUUUCUUAAGGCUGCCAAGCUAGACCCGUACAUGGGCAAAGUUUUCUGCUAUUUAGGUCGUUACUACAGAGAUGUAGUAGGUGAUAGGAACAGAGCCCGCGGGUGCUACAGGAAAGCUUUUGAACUGGAUGACUCUGAUACUGAAGCUGGAGCUGCGGCGGUUGACUUAAGUGUAGAACUGGAAGAGAUGGAGACUGCCUUGGCCCUCCUGACAGCUGUGACCCAGAAGGCCAGCGCGGGAACCGCCAAGUGGGCCUGGCUCCGGCGCGGGCUAUACUAUUUGAAGGCUGGGCAGCAUGGUCAAGCAGUGGCUGAUUUGCAGGCAGCAUUAAGAGCAGACCCGAAGGACUUCAAUUGUUGGGAGUCACUGGGAGAAGCUUACCUCAGCAGAGGUGGUUACACAACAGCCCUGAAAUCCUUCACAAAAGCCAGCGAGCUGAACCCGGAAUCCACGUACAGUGUGUUUAAGGUUGCAGCAAUACAGCAAAUCCUUGGCAAGUACAAGGAGGCGGUCGCUCAGUACCAGCUGAUCAUUAAAAAGAAAGAGGAUUAUGUGCCUGCUUUGAAAGGCUUGGGCGAGUGCCAUCUCAUGAUGGCAAAAGCAGCUCUCGUGGAUUAUCUGGAUGGGAAAGCUGUGGACUAUGUAGAGAGAGCCCUGGAGUAUUUUACUUGGGCUCUGCAGCAUCGAGCUGAUGUGUCUUGCCUGUGGAAGCUAGUUGGGGAUGCUUGUACCAGCCUGCAUGCUGUCUCACCAGCUAAAGUGAAUGUCAGUGUUUUAGGAGUUCUAUUAGGUCAGAAAGAAGGAAAACAAGUAUUAAACAAAAAUGAACUCCUCCAUCUUGGAGGAAGGUGUUAUGGUCGUGCAUUAAAAUUAAUGUCAACAUCUAACACAUGGUGUGAUCUUGGAAUUAAUUAUUAUCGCCGAGUACAGCAUCUUGCAGAAUCAGGCAGCAGCGGGAAUGAGCUCAAUGAGUUGUUGGAGAAAUCUCUACAUUGUCUCAAAAAGGCAGUGAGGCUCGACAGUAGUAACCAUUUAUACUGGAAUGCUCUUGGUGUGGUUUCAUGUUAUAGUGGAAUUAAAAAUUAUGCCCUUGCUCAGCACUGUUUCAUCAAAUCAAUCCAGUCAGAACAAAUUAAUGCUGUCGCAUGGACCAACUUGGGAGUUUUAUAUCUUGCAAAUGAAAACAUUGAGCAAGCUCAUGAAGCUUUCAAAAUGGCUCAGUCCCUUGACCCAUCUUAUUUGAUGUGCUGGAUUGGACAGGCUCUUAUUGCAGAAACGGUUGGAAGUUAUGACACUAUGGACCUCUUCAGGCAUACUACAGAACUUAGUAUGCAUACCGAGGGAGCAAUAGGUUAUGCCUAUUGGGUCUGUACGACACUGCAGGAUAAAAGCAACAGAGAGACAGAGCUGUACCGUUACAACAUCCUCCAGAUGAAUGCUGUUCCAGCAGCGCAAGUUGUUAUGAGCAAAUAUGUUGAGAGAAUUCCGAAUUACGCUCCAGCUUUCACAAUGUUGGGUUAUUUAAGUGAGCACCUGCAGCUGAAAAAGGAGGCAGCCAGCGCAUAUCACAGGGCCAUGUUGUUGUUGCAGACUGCAGAGGACCGAGAUAUGUAUAAUGUUGCAGUAAGAAAUUAUGGCAGGCUGUUAUGUUCCAUUGGUGAAUAUGAUAAAGCUAUCCAGGCUUUUAAGUCAAUACCUCUUGAAGACUUAGAAGACAUCAUAGGCUAUGCGCUGGCUUUGUCUAUGAAGGGUCAAUAUAAAGAGAGCAGCCAAGCUUAUGAGAAAGCCUUGUCUGUUGUUGAAUCAGAGCAAGACAAAGCCCAUAUAUUGACAGCUCUGGCAAUAAUGGAGUAUAAACAAGGAAAAAUGGAUGCAGCCAAGACAUUACUAUUUAAAUGCUCUAUUUUAAAGGAACCCACCACAGAAAGCCUUCUGGCCUUGUGUGCUCUGGGAUUGGCAGCACAGGAUGCUACCCUAUCAAAAGCAGCCCUAAACGAGUUACUCAAACACAAAAAAGAGAAAGAUGAUGAGUACCAGAGAUGCCUUCUUACCUCGGCCAUCUAUGCACUGCAGGGCCGCAGAGUGGCUGUGCAGAGACAAGUAUCUAAAGCCGUCCACAGUAACCCAGCUAAUCCAGCUCUUUGGUCUCUGCUGUCCCGAGUGGUUGCUCAGUAUCCCCAACAGAAUGCAAAGGGGGGUGCUCUAGCAGGGAAUGUGGCUCAUAUUCUGGACUCAGAUCAUGGAAAGAAGGCAUUACUGUACACUGCAGUGAAUCAGUUGGCUGUAGGAAGCAGCUCAGCAGACGUUGGGAAGGGAACUGCGCUCAAGACCAUUCAGAAGGCAGCACUCCUGUCUCCAGGUGAUCCCGCUGUCUGGGCUGGGCUACUAGCAGCCUGUCAUGCUGAUGAUAAACUGGCUCUGGUAAACAGUACUCAACCAAAGAGAACGGGUCUAGCCUUGGCACUGCGGUCUGCUGUUUCUGUAUCAAUUAAAAACAAAGAAUUCCUUGAAAAUUACCACCAAGCUCUUGAAAAGUGGUCUCUUUCCCAAACUGUCACUAGUCUGAUAGACACAGGAAGAAUAUCUGAGGCCGAAGCCCUUUGCACAAAGAACUUAGUCAGUAACCCUGACCAGCCAGCUGUUAUGUUACUUUUGAGGCAAGUUCAGUGUAAAGCACUGUUGGACUCGCAGAAGCCUCUCCCCGAUGCUGUCCUUGAAGAACUGCAGAAAACAGUCCUGUUGAAUUCCACCUCUGUUCCAGCCUGGCAGUGGCUGGCACACAUAUAUCAGUCCCAAGGAAUGAUGAGCGCUGCAGAGAUGUGUUACAGGAAGAGUCUUCAAGUCGCAUCCCAGCAGGGCAGCUGGAGUGGAAAACUCUCAAGCCUGCUGAGACUCGCACUGCUUGCGUUAGAAGUGUGCAUGGCUAAUAUUUCCAGUGACCACUGGCCAUCCUUAGUUCAAGAAGCUACAACUGAGGCCUUAAAACUUUGCUUUUGUCCACUGGCUGUCCUCCUACAAGCUUUAUUACAAUUCAAUCGCAAAAUGGGUGCAAGAGAGACACGGCGUCUUUUGGAGAGAGUGGUGUAUCAGCCAGGGUACCCCAGAUCUGUUGUAUCAACCGCACGUUGGUACUUACUGAGACACUUAUAUGCCAAAAAUGACUGCGAGCUCAUUGAUGUGCUGAUAAACAAUGCCAAAACUCACGGAGAUACAAGAGCUUUGGAACUGAAUCAGAAAUUGGCCUCACAGCAAUAAUUUGUUAUUUUAUAGUAUAGCUUUAAGAAAGAAUGAAACAAGCAAUCAGACCUUUCUCUAAAGCAGCAUUUAAACAAACAAACAAACUAUAGUUAGGAUCAUCUUUUUAUUUUUUUAACUCUGAAGACAUUAAACUAGGGAUAUAAUCAAACUUUAAUCUGUAAAACAUCUUUGAUUCUUAGGAAGCCCAUGAUGAAGAAAAAAUAUGAUUUCCUUAGUUGCUCAUCAGUUAUUUACAAACUAUUUUCUCCAUCUUAUGUGGUGCACAGUAGGGUCUCUUUUUUUGUAAUGUCUUACAAUAAAGCCUUAAUUCUAUUUUCUAAAUAAUAUGCAGGAGCAGAUUAGCACAAUGCAGAAUUUCAUGAUAAAAGACUCAAAGAUUCAAUUCCUUCUGUAAGUUUUGAUGCUCAGCAUGUCAAUACAUCAUACAAUUCAUAUGUCUUUUAUUGUUCAAUCUCAGAUUCUGUUGAAGAAGCUUAAUGUAAAUGUUGUUGAGUCUUAUACUGCUAAUGGAUAUGUUUAUGUUAUUCAGAACACUCAGGUAUAUGGCUCCAUUUAAAAAAUUAAUGGAAAAAUAUCUUGGAAAUAAUGCUGACAACAUUUAAGUGAUCAUGCAACUCCUUGAAUUAUGAUGAUUUGAACUUUUUGUUUGAAGUUUAAAAAAGUGUCUUGUCUUCUUUAGAGUAUCAAUAUUGAAUAUAAAUUCUAAAUUUUAAAACUUAAUAUAUUUGAAUAUAUUUGAAGAACUCCUUGUUGCUUCCUUUGCAUUUGUGGUUUUAAAAAACAUUCAAAAAUAUUUCCAGCCACUUACAUGUAUUAUUUAUUGUACAAAACUGUGUGGUUGUAUAUUUUAUGUAUGUGUUUUUUCUAAACCACCCAUUGACUUAGUUAACAUUAUAAACAUCAGCUUUAUAAUGUUGCUUUGUGAAGUCAUGUAAAUUAAUAAUAUUCCGUAAUUAUAUAGUUCAGAAGUUAAUCUACGAGACUAACUCUACUUUGACAAGUUCCCAAAUUUGGCUGUGAUCAUCAUUCAGACUUACGCACCCGAAACUUUCAGAAUGGGGACUGGGACUCCGCCUUUUCAAGAUAUGCCUGAGAGAUUCCACUGUUUGGUCCGGGUUUUGAACUACUGGGAUAAUGUGUCCAUGAUUCUUCCCUUGACUUCUUUAACAAGACCAAGUACUUGCCAGUCUGCCCAUUUCUUUCCUGUUCUCACAACUGUCAUGCUAAAUUAGUGAUUUUGGGGAUCUGACCCAUGGAUUCAGCAGGAGAUGCUCCAUCAGACAUUGUCGGUCCAACCCUGAUGCCCUUCCCUUCCAUCUUCCUC